GUGAAUUUGAAUACUGGCAGUUGAAGGCGAGGUUUUUAUUUUGCUCUAAGUGAAACGUGACUAUUGACCUAUGCUAUUGACAGCAUAAACACGAUGGAAGAGGAGCACACAGACAGAAAGCAGCAGUUUGCCAUGCUAUAUCAAAGGAUCAACAAAAUAAAAAAUGAACUCGAUGAAGAUAACACAGACAAUAUUAACCAGGUUAUUGGCUCUAACUCACCUGAAUCAUGCCGCUCAUAUUUGCUGGUCCUGGAGAAGAAAGGAGACCCUCACAUGAAUCGUAACCACCUCACCAGACUUAUUGACUUUUAUACCAGAGUAUUCUCCAAUAUGCCACUGGGAAAACACUGUGAGAAUGAGAGCUAUGCCAAGAUGUUGGUCAGAUUUGCAGAACUAAAAGCAAUUCAGGAGGCGAAUGAGGCUGAAGCUAACUUCAACUUGGCGCGAUCUCACUGCCCAAACUUUGCAUUUGUUCACAUUGCACAUGCACAGUUUGAACAUUCUCAAGGCAACACAAAGAGAGGCAUUUACAUAUUGCAGAAUGCUCUUCAACUGGCAGCCAAACCGAAGGAACUGCUGGAGGCUGCGUUGAAAAGCAUGCAGUCAGGCAAAACACAACUCUACUGUUCAGAGUACAAGGAAAAUCUACCAUUGUCGUCCAGCAGUAAUGUACACAGUGCGGUCCAAAAAGGCUCAGUAUUCCAGAAAGUGUACAGAACAUCAGACGGCACAGGCGAUUUACAGCUCUCCAGCAUUUUUGGUUCAGGGACAGAGCAACACUGUGGAUCCUCAGAUGAGCAGCUGUCAGGAUGGAGAUCUGGAUCUCAUCGCAAGAGAGCAGUUGACAUGCUUGGGAGAGUUCCCGUGGUACCUUCCUCUAUCCAAGAAAAAGAUGAUGACUCCAUCGAUGAAAGGCCCUUAAGGAAAACGGAUUCAUCAAUCUACUCCAGUUUGUCCAGGCAAGCAUCUGGUUCAAAUGUGAACCCCCUUUUUGGGAUUUCAUCAUCAAUGAAAAAUGCAUACGAUGGAGACAGUUUAUUCUUUAAACCACCAGCUGUCAGCCCGGAGCAGACCUGGGAGGAGCAGGUAGCCGUGGACUCCACCACCACACUGCUUCACACGCACAGCACCAGGGACACCUCCAGAAUGGAUGAUGUUACCUUCAACUUUGACCAGGUGGUCAAUACCAACUCUCCUGAGUCGUGUUGGGCAUUUCUGACGAACCUGGAGAAGAGAGGCAACCCUCACACAGAUAUCAUCAUGCUCAAUAAGCUCAACAACUGUUACUCUAAAAUCUUUUCCCACAUGCCAAUAAGAAAGUUCAGCAAAAACGGCUGUUAUGCCAGGAUACUGGUCAGAUAUGCAGAACUCAGGGGGUAUGUGCCUCAGUGGGAGAAGCUACAGAUGACGGCGAGCGAAAGGAGGAAGAUAAUAUGCUCCGUCACCUUCCACGUCAUCGCCAUCACCUGCGUGGUGUGGUCGCUCUACGUGCUCAUCGACAGAACAGCGGAGGAAAUCAAAAACGCCGGAAGAAUCCCAGGGAUGCUGGAAUGGGCUUUCUGGACCAAGCUGGUGGUGGUGGCCAUCGGCUUCACGGGGGGGCUGGUGUUCAUGUACGUCCAGUGCAAAGUCUACAUCCAUCUAUGGAGGAGACUCAAGGCGUACAACCGGGUCAUCUACGUGCAGAACCGCCCCGAAACGUGUAAAAAGCUGGCGCUGGAGAAGCCCCCCCUCAUGGAGCCCAGUCUGGAGAGCAAGGAGGCUCUGGCUCCAACCCAGUCGGACACAAACUCCUCCCAGUACACAGAGACAGAGGACUACAGUAUGGAGGUGCUCCACGUCUGACCAAUGCUACACCCACACACACAAACAGGCCCGCAGUGAAGAGCAGCAUCGUAGAAAUGCUCGGUUUCUGAGGAACGACCACACACUCCCCUUCCUCUGACCCCAGACUGGCCUCCUGUCCUAUUCUGGUUAUAUUCCUAAAACUCCAUCAACAAAGAAGGCUAGACCACAUCUGUCUUCUUCUGUCCACAUUCCUCCGCUCAGACUUUAUCCCUCCUUCCUCCUUCACCAUAAAUCCACACUCCCACCUGUCUCCUUUCCCAGGACUGAACUGGUUUCACUGACUUCUGUAAAUGUAUGAAAAGGCCUGGAGCAUAUAACUCUCCACACACACAAACACACACACACACACACAUACACACACACACAUACACACACACAUACACACACACACAC